GUUGCACAGACGGCAGAUGGUGUGGACGCUGACCUCUGGAAAGACGGCUUAUUUAAAUCCAAGGUUACCAGAUACCUGUGUUUCACAAGAUCAUUUUCCAAAGAAAAUAGUCAUUUGGGGAACGUGUUAGUGGAUAUGAAGCUCAUUGACAUCAAGGACACUCUGCCUGUGGGUUUCAUCCCAAUUCAGGAGACAGUGGACACACAGGAAGUGGCUUUUAGAAAGAAGAGGCUGUGCAUAAAAUUUAUCCCACGGGACUCAACGGAAGCUGCGAUUUGUGACAUUCGGAUCAUGGGCCGGACCAAGCAGGCCCCUCCUCAGUACACGUUCAUUGGGGAACUGAACAGCAUGGGGAUCUGGUACCGAAUGGGCAGAGUCCCAAGAAAUCAUGACUCGUCUCAGCCCACAACGCCUUCCCAGUCAUCAGCUGCUUCCACCCCAGCCCCCAACCUUCCCAGGCACAUCUCUCUAACACUCCCUGCCACCUUCCGAGGCAGGAACAGUACCCGGACGGACUAUGAGUACCAGCACUCCAAUUUGUAUGCCAUAUCAGCAAUGGAUGGUGUGCCUUUUAUGAUUUCAGAAAAAUUUUCUUGUGUCCCAGAAAGUAUGCAGCCCUUUGAUCUCUUGGGAAUCACCAUCAAAUCUCUAGCAGAAAUUGAAAAAGAGUACGAGUACAGCUUCCGCACAGAGCAGAGUGCUGCCGCCAGGCUCCCGCCCAGCCCCACCCGGUGUCAGCAGAUCCCUCAGUCCUGAGGAGCCAGAGCCACCUGCGCCACCCUCGGGGAGAAGAGGCCUCCCACCCAGGCUACUGGCGGGGCGGCUGGGGUGUGGGCCGCUCUCCUCCCUUGUCCCGUCCCUCCUGCCCUGCUUCCCACUGUGUCCACCAGCCCUUCCUCCCACACUGCCCAUCCGGGGGCUCCGUGGGCAGCUGAGGGGUUGCGUCCUGUCAUUGGCUUGCCUGACACGACACCCCAGCCUGCCUGGGGAUGUUGUUCGUAACUGCAACUAAUCUGUGUGUGCUCUAGUGGCCACCGGCUCCUAACGUGUCUGUGUGAUGACCAGUUGUCCUGCAAAAACUCUUACCCACCACGGAGCAUCCCCACGGGCCCCGGGUACUUGCUCCAGCCGUCCAGUGACACCCACAGGCUCCCUUCACUCCUGAUUGUUGCCUGCCAUGGAGACCCCACUAAGCCAUGGCUGUCCUUC